GCGCCUUCUAAUGUUGGCCUCUAAAUUAGGUAUGUGCGACAGUGCAAAAGCUUAGGUGCCCAGGUGACGCGCCGUGAGAAGGCACCUACCAGAUAGCUACAAACACAUUAAUCCGUUAACUUUUCCUUCGCAAUUUAAAUCGACCAAACUUUCCAAUUUUUGUGCGGUCAAACCUGCAAUUUCCAGCCCGAUCUUCCAACAACGAUGUCUUAACUUCGGCAUCGCAACGCUGGCCUUAAUUCCUAGGCAAUUCUUCUUUCUUUUAAUACUGUGAUUUUUUUCAUUUAUCAUCACGAAGUUCGUCAUCGCACGACCCGGAUCCGUACGGUCCAAUCAAUUGAUCUUCCAACCGCCCACGCCAUUUAAUUCCUGGUUUCUAUCAACUUCCCAUCAUCCUAUACAGACGCGAUGGCCUCUAGAGAAGGCACCCCCGAGCACAGUCGCUGGUCGCGCGCAUCUAGUGCUGCUCCGAGGGAUAGUACGCCAGGCGACAACCUAGAGGCCAGCAUUGUCAAGUCCGAAUCUGGACAUGGAAGUAAGCGACCCAAGAAGCAGUCUACCGCCGCUGCUACAGCCACAUCAUUCCCUACCAUGGGAAAAAUAAAGCACCUGAAGAAAGAAGAUGGAGAUCCUCUAUGGAGGAAGGACAUUCAGUACGAUUUCCUGAAGGCCGUCUUCGACGAUGAAAACAAAGUUUUCACCAAUAGCUAUGAACCCAUCGGGGAUGGCAAGGAGAAGCAGAGCUUCGCCGACCUAUACAUUGACACUAUGGCUCGAAGUAGCAAAACGAGCAAGGUUCUUAGAGAUAAACUGCUCAGCGACCGAGAAGCCGCCAAAAGCAUGGCCAUGGUUUGCCUGCUUGUCAAUGUGGGUCGAAUGAACACAACUCUGAAUUUCUUUCCCGAGAUGCGAGCUCAACUCCGAACGUACCACGCUAUCCCGUCUCUACAAGCACACCAAGACGCAUCUGCUUACAAACAACUUCAAGACGCACCGAGAUUAAAGUCCAUUCUCAAAGGUGCUGCCGAGGACCGUGAGGAGCCGCACGAGUUGGGUGAUUUUAAAGGGAAGGAUCCUCCUCGUUCGAAUCCAGUCAACCUCAUCUUUCUCAUUUGUCAGCAAGCGUCUUUCAUCGCAGAUUUACAUUUCCCCCCCGGUGGCGAAUUCCACGAUCUUAUCAUGAAGACAAACUAUACCAGCAAGUCACGAGCGAGAGCUUUCCUGUGGUUGAUGUGGUUCUACCUAGAGUCAGACUUUACUGAAGAAGGCUGUGAAGAGAACCCCUUUGGUCCGGGCGUCGACUAUGAAACCGAAGUAGCCAACCAAGGUGUUCCCCGUAUGGAAGAGAUGACGAAGGAAGAGGAGGACCGCGAAAACGUUGACCCUCCGGAGGAACUCGAAUUCGGACGAGAGAAGCAGAGCCACAGAGCGAAGAUCAUCGCAGCCGAUCAAGCCUACCUAGCAGAUCACCAGAACAAGCGAGGUUCCAGGGGAAGAAUCAUACCUGAUGAAGGACCUACGGCGGCCAUCCUUCCUAGGAUACGCCCAUCGAAGCACGAAUCGGAUAUGGAUAGUACACGAUCCACCCCGCCGCCGAGAGCUUUGUCCCGCAUUGGUGCUAACAGUACCGGACGACGGGGUGGAGCGCCCUUGAAGCAUUUGAUAUUUGAAGGAUCCUCACCUGCAGGACCCAGCUCCCAUGUGAUUGAGGGUAUACUUCCACGAAAGCCCCGCCCCCCUACCGCGCAUCAACUCGCUGUAGAACGCAACCGAAACCAACGAGUUGAGCACAUUCUCGGCCGUGGCCUGCGAAAACAGUAUCACUUCGCACGAAAGAUACGUCGACAGGAAGGUGCAAUCAUACGUGCGAAACGUCGUCUAGCAGCAAUGAAUGACCCACUCAUAGACAGCGAUGAGGAUGACUACAUGAUGGCCCAUCGAGAGCAGAAGCAGACCUUCAUCGACCGAGGCUUUGGUGGUCUUUGUCAAUUGCAUCAGGAAGAAGACGACUUCGGGGAGGAGUUUGCGUCUUAUUCAGCCUCACUUCGAAGGGCGGAUCGUCGACUCAGACGUUGGGAAGGUCGAUCCGACUUAGGGAUCGUGUCAAUAAUGAAGAGACGAAUUGCGGGGUCAGAUUAUGCUUCGCCAGAUCCGCAGGGCGAGCACGGCGGAAACGACAGUCCCGAGAAGAUGAGCAUAGUCAAGACCAAAUCGAAUGGCAACACCAAUGGAGAUAUUACGAUGGAAGACGCAGACGACCUAGAUCCAGUGGAGAAGGAACUACUAGGCAUUGACAGCGGAGGUGAAGAAGAUGAAGGUGAAGGUGAGGGUGAUGGCGAGGGUGAUGGCGAGGGUGAUGGUGAGGGUGAGGGCAAAGAUGAAUCCGAGGGUAUUGAUGACGUUGGAAAGGCGUUACUAGGUCUUGAUGGUUCAGAGGGCUCGGAUAGUUCGUAAGUGCUUACCUAGGUAUGGUAGGCAGGCACUGGAUUACAGGAUCGUUGGCGUUAUUAUGGUUGGUAACACGUUAUUAGCCAGUUCAUUUGCGUCUUCAGCAGGCCUAGUAUGGCCGAGGGAGAGACGCAUUGUAUAACAAUAGGCUGGAAGAAGUGCUUACUAGACAAAAGCCGAAAGGGAGCAACAAGGCGUUACGCUAGCUAAUACAUACGAGGAUUUUAAUACAUGGCAGCUUGCUAAGUGAUAAAAAAUUUUUAAAUAUGUUAUAAUCGCGAUGUUCUAGUAGUGCAAUCAUGCUUCGACCUAUAGGGCACUAGUCUUGUAAAAUAUUUAUU